AUGCCUUCUGCUCCGCUCAACUCUGGCUUCGUCCUCCAGGACGACCCUGCGACGCCCCGCACCGAAGCGACCGUCUCCUUCCGCGACAUUCUCCCCAAGCCCGACCACCCUCGCAUUGCCGGCAUCGCAGACCACACCGCGCUCAGCUGGUGCGAGAGCAGAAAGGCUGUCGAGGCUCCCGCCUGGCUGAUCAACCGCCUCGACGUUCGCAACAUCGGACGACCGUACAGGGGCUUCUCGGCAGACGGGCAUCCUGACCCGAGCAUCUUCCGCUACGAGGAAGACGAGGGUGCCCCGGUUGAGGCUGCGGUGCAUGCCGUCAACAGGCUGCUCGACGCACUUCCGGCGGAUCUGAGGAAGGAGGUUGUCAAGGGAGACGUAGCGACGGACGACGAGUUCAGGGCUUGGAGUAACCCGGAACUGUACGUAAACCCAGGUGGCAUUCGCCUCGACGAGACGAGCACCGAGAUCAAGGACCGCAUCCACGACGUCCUCAAAGCGUCGCUCUCGCCCGAAGGAUACAAGAAGGCCCUCGGCUGCACCCUGACGAACCACUUCCUCGGCGAGCUCGUCAACGGCAGCAACGUCCUGAACAAGCACUCGUACAACUUCCGCCUCUUCCUCCCGCCUGCCACUCGUCGUCCCUCGCUUACCGAUCCCUGGGGAUGGACCUUCUUCGGCCACCACCUCUGCCUCGCCGUCUGCUUCGUCGGCAAGCGGAUGGUCAUCGGUCCGACGUUCAUGGGUGCUGAGCCGGACAGGAUCGAUGUCGGCCCGCACGCAGGACUGCGGCUCUUCUCGCAGGAGGAGAUUCGGGGGCUCAACUUGAUGCGGAGCUUGAGCGAGGAGAACCAGAAGAAGGCGCAGAUUAGCGUGGGAAUGACAAUGUCUGAAGGGCUGGCAGAGGACCGAUGGAACCCCUUUGACGAGCGACACCUCGGCGGCGCACACCAAGACAACCGCAUCGUUCCAUACGAAGGCUGUCAGAUCUCGCUCUUCACGCCCGAGCAGCGCGACGAGAUCUACGCCAUCCUGCGGGUUUUCAAUAUCUACCUCCCGGAAGUCCCGCUCGAGCACCGGAUGCGCCGCCUCCGGUCGUUCGAGGACCAGACGUACUUUGCGUGGAUUGGCAAGUUUGACCUUGGCUCGCCUUACUACUUCCGCAUCCACUCGCCCGCGACGUUUUGCGAGUUCGACUUCCACUGCGGCAUCUUCCUGACCAACACCUCGCCCGCCAAAUGCCACAUCCACACCGUCAAUCGCCUGCCGAACUGCGAAGACUACGGCAAGGCGCUCGUCCAGCAGUGGCAGCGCGAGCAGGAGGCCGAGGGCGUCGAGGUGCAGAUGAGGGUGGUCCGGCCUAAUUGA